AUGAUGUGGAAAGAAUCAAGAUUCACCGCAUUGCUCGGAACAGGGCUCUUCACCCUGGGCCACGGUCGCCUGACAGACUAUGUCGACCCUUUGAUUGGUAGUGCAGGACCCAACCUGUUGAGCAACAUCGCGUCCGGUAAUGUCUUUCCAGGGCCAUGCCUCCCGAACGGCAUGGCGAAGCCCGGAAUAGAUACAAGCUAUCUGGGGCUUGCGGACGGGACCCAGACCGAUCACAAUGGAGGCUACAGCCCCAUCGGGAACUUCACAGCAGUGAGCAUGAUGCAUGUCUCUGGGACAGGAGGAGACCCCACAUACGGCAUUGUGUCCCAGACGCCUCUGUUGGGAACGCUAGCGGGUGUCAACUUGGGAGACAAUCGAACAUACUGGCAGAAUCGGUCGCUCGAGAGCGAGAUUGCAUCGGUUGGAUAUUUCACAACGACACUGCUGAACGACGUCAAGAUCGAGAUCGCGGCCUCGAACCACACCAGCCUUGUUCGCUACACGUUUCCCACGGAAAGCCAGAAUCAGACGUUCUCCCUGCCUUCGACGCCGGAUAUCUCCCAGACCCAGACGGAGAAUGACGCCCAUGUUCUGGUGGAUUUGACACACGUGCUUCCCGCCUACCAACCAGGGACCCAAACCUACUCCCAGAAUUAUAUUCAAGGUGAGAUACACAUACGAUCAGGGCCGUCAGGGCCAUCGUACUAUGGUAAAGCGUCAUAUGCCGGCGGUUGGCCAAACAUUGGUCUUUACGACAUCCACUUCUGCGGAAACUUCACCGUACCAGCCGAUUUGGUUCCAAGCAAUGAAUACGUCCGAGCAGUUGGAACCAACCGAGUCGAUGGAGCAGGCACCCUCUUCUGGCAGUACAACUUAUUCGAGCCUCCCACUGAGGCCCCCGAGGUCCGGUCCUACGUGGAUGCAUACACGCAGAUCGGAAAUAGAAUGGGCCUCGGCGCUCUUUUCAGCUGGACGCCGUCGCCGACAGCGCCGAAUAAUGGUUCAGGGGCAGUGAUUGAGAGCAAGGUCGGCGUCUCCCACAUAUCUGCCGAGCAGGCCUGCAGCUAUAUUGCUAGCGAAAUGCCUGAGUCGACCUCUUUCGAUGAUCUCGUCGAGCAAGCUAGGUCGGAAUGGGAGUCAAAGGUUCUCAGCACCAUUGAGGUGGUCGAGGGUGACAGCCCGGAGGCGCAGAAUGACACAUUGAAGCGAAUGCUCUACACUGCCUUGUACCACACCGCCGUCCUGCCCACCGACAAAACGGGCGAGAUUCCGCUCUGGACUUCAAAUGAUUCGUUCCCUUACUUUGAUGACCACUAUACAUUGUGGGACACCUAUCGGUCUCUACUUCCGAUGUACCACCUUCUCUAUACAGGCACUUACAGUCGCAUCGUGAGAGGUCUGAUCAAUAUCUUCUCCUUUGAGGGCUGGCUGCCUGCAGGACGUGCCGGUAAUUGGAACGGCCGAGUCCAGGGAGGCACACAUGCAGACAUAGUCCUGGGGGAUGCGUUCGUCAAGAGCGUGCAAUCACCCACUGGCGAGGAGGGCCUGGGGGAACUGGGCGAAAUUGACUGGGAAGAGGCAUAUCGAGCCGUCAUCAAAGACGCGACAGUCCUACCAGAUCGCAACGCCGACUCUGUGACUUCAGAUGGCGCGACAAAGGAUGGCCGCGGUGCCCUCGAAGACUACCUCUCACUCAAUUACAUCACCCGCAACCACUCCAGGAGUAUCUCUCGGGGUCUUGAGUACUCCCAGAACGACUUCUCCAUCUGGGCCAUCUCCAAGGGCCUGGCCAAGGCCGACAGUGAACAGGACGAGCUCCUGGAGCGAUCGAACUGGUGGCAGAACCAGUGGAACAUAGACGCGAACAAGACGCUCGAGGGCGUGGGUGACUUCAUCGGGUUCCCGGCGCCGCGAAAUGCCGACGGGACGUGGAACACGACGGACUACGAUCCAUCUCAAUGCAUUCCGUCGUGCGGCUGGAACGACGACAUCUACGAAGCUACAGUUUGGGAGACUGGAUUCUCGGCAGCACCGCACGACAUGAGCAAGGUCAUCGAGUCCAUGGGCGGUGACGAUGCCUUCAUCCGACGCCUUGACGCCUCGUUUCUUCCUGGAUUGGGAGCGGACCGGGGGGAGAACAACAAUGCUGGCACUGCAAUUUACAACCCAGGAAACGAGCCCUCUUUCCUCAUCCCAUUUCUGUACAACUAUGUCCCUGGUUACCAUUGGAAGACUGCCAACCAAACGAGGGCAAUAGUUGACGAGUUUUACAACGACCGGCGAAAUGGAUAUCCCGGAAACACAGACGCAGGUGCCAUCCCCUCAUGGCUGGUCUUCAACCUCAUCGGCUUCUACCCAGUGGUCGGGCAACCGUUGUACCUGCUAGGAGCACCUCGCUUCCCAGAGCUCCGUGUGACGCUGCUCUCAGGCACUCCUUUUGAGAAUGUCCUGACCAUUAGAGCUGACAACCUCUCUGCUUCGUCUUACUAUCCACAAUCCGUCACUUUGGACGGAAGCCCUCUGGACAGAGCCUGGCUGAGCCAUGUCGAGCUGGCGACUGCAUCAGAGUUGGUGUUCCAGAUGAGUAGCGAGCCGGCUCAGUGGGACACGGGCAGCAGGCCCUGGAGUCUGAGUGGAUGGGAAUGA